AUGUCCGGCAAGUACAGCUGCACAGAGUGUGACAAGAGCUUCACAGCCAGAAGCACUCUCAAUGGCCAUCUGGCGAGCGUUCAUCUCGGAGAGCGCUCGGUCUGUGAUGCCUGUCAAAAGGUCUUCACAGACAAGUCCAACUUCCGCAGGCACAGAAAGACCUGCUCCGGCAACGCCGGCCUUUACAGGUGCGCAUGGCACCAGCUCGGUUGCAACCACACCAGCAACCGUGUCGACAAUGUGAAGCGGCACGUCAGAUCGUGCCCUCACAAGCCCAUUGCUUGGGCAGGCGAGUUCCCAGCACCCAUCAGGGCUGGACUCGUUCAGAGUGGCCAGGUCCCAGACAACGGGACGCCACAGACCUCCGGGCAGCAGCAACUGCCCCAAGACGCCUCCGCCCUGGCUCAAGGGCCUGCUGUCACGCCCACGAUGGGCGUGGAUGCCUCCCAGCAAGGCAUCGACUUGGCACUGGGCGAUCCCACCGAUCCGGUGUGGUUCGCCGCCAAUUUCCCGCAAUUCGACGGGUACUGGGGACAAGACGUACCCCAACAGGCACCGGGUGCAGGGCCUCAAUACCCAGCGGCCCUGCCGGCCACUGGCGGCUUCCAACAGGGCAUUGGCACUGGGUGGAACGCCGUCGACAACGGCCUGUUCACAGGUUAUGGGACUGGCGGAGAUACCUUCUUGACAAACGCUCCCGCACUAGCCAGUGAUUUCACUGGAUUCUUCUAG